AUGUCAAACAAUCCAAGUGAAGCAACAGUCCUGCGGCCUUCGCUUAAGAAACAGUCAGCACAUGCCCAAUCUCGAUCUAAAGAUUCGGAUGCUAAGCGACAUGUCACUUUCGCAACUCCGAAAUUACCACCUUCCAAAUCCAAUCUAUCAAAACAACAGCGAACUUCUGAUCAGGGUAUUUCAAAGUUUCGGAGGCAAAAAUCUGUUGUCGAUUCACACAGAAAACGCAUUCCUUCAGUUCAGCUUGUAGAGCUUCGUGCAAAGAAAAACAAACACAACGAACAAAUCGUGCGCUUAUGCGAGGCGCAAGAGGCACUCGUCAAAUCAGACUAUAUUAUCAAGCGCAUGGAAAAGAAGGCAAAAGAGCAAGAGGCAGUUGCUACAGCGCUAUUGCAGAAUGCGGUGUCGCUGAUUGAAAUUGAUGUACUACGAAGUUUCGAAAAACAAAGAGUCGGGAAUGUGCUAGAUAAUGUUGCGGAGCACCAACAUAAAACCGCGCAGGAAUUACAUAAAGAACUUGCUGGAUUCAGCGAGAGAAUGGCUGAUAUCGGAAAAGCGUUGACGACAAUUAAAAAAUGUAACGAAAUGCUUGAUAUGCAAUUUACAUCUACAGAGGGUGAGAGAGGCUUAUCGGUGGCUGAAGAAAUGAAGUUGUUGAGUGCUGAUAUCAGUCUGUAUCUUAAUGUUCUCGAUUCUUUGAAACAAUUUCAUUUAUAA